AGUAUUAACCCAAAAUAUAAUACUUUCUGGACGAUGGGAACUGGAUAGCAAUCCUCUGUUCUGUUCUGUCUUCUCUGUUCUUACCAAAGCUUCGGUUUUUCCUUCUAUCUUCCCUUAUGCAUGCAAAACAGGGGAGCGAGCAUCUACUUCGACUCCUCCAAUGUCGCACCGCACGGCCAAUCCAAGUCCAGCAAGUACAUGCCCUCCUCAUCACCAACGGCCAUCUCCUCUUCCCACCCAACCGAUGGACGCGCACCCUCCUGUUCAAUGCGCUCAUAAGGGGCUACUCCAGCUUCGGCCAAGCUCGCAAGUGCCUCCUCCUCUUCGCUCACAUGCUCGCCCACCAAGCGCCACCCAAUGAUCUCACCUUCGCUUCCCUCGCGAAAGCUGCGGUCUCGUCGGCGGCUUCGUUAGGCGCGGCCCUUCAUGCCCAGGUGGUCAGGCGAGGCGUGUCCGGCGACCCGUUUGUCCGGGUGUCCUUCAUUCAUUUCUACGGGCGAAUUGGCGAGCUGCCCAGCGCGCGUCGGGUGUUUGAGGAAAUUCCCAAGCCGUGUGUUGUGGCGUGCAAUGCGAUGCUUGACGCGUUCGGCAAGAGUGGGGGGAUAGACUCUGCUGUGGGGCUCUUUUCUAGAAUGCCGGAGCGUGACGUGGUGUCUUGGACUAGUGUGAUUAAUGGGCUUGGUAAUAAUGGGCGUUUCAGAGACGCCCUCAAGUUUUUUCGAAACAUGAUGGUUCAUGAGGAUGUAAAGAGUGGUGUGGUGAAACCAAAUGAAGCUACGUAUGUUAGCCUUCUCUCUUCAUGUGCUAAUUUGCCUGGAGGAGGUGCACGUUACUACGGGAAGCAAAUACAUGGAUAUAUUGUCAAGAAUGAGAUUGGACCGGCAGCUUUUGUAGGGACGGCAUUGAUCGAUUUCUAUGGCAAGACAAGUUCUCUCAGAAAUGCUAUAAAAGUUUUCAAUCAAAUGGUUGUCAAGGAGAUUUGCACGUGGAAUGCACUGAUCUCCUCCCUUGCUUGUAAUGGUGAAGAGAAAAAAGCUCUUGCUAUGUUUGAGCAGAUGAAGAUGGAAGGUUUGUGCCCUAAUGGGGUAACUUUUGCUGCUGCUCUAACGAGUUGUGCACGUGGAGGAUUUGUGGACUCUGGUUUCAAAUUGUUUCAAUCUAUGGUUGAUGACUUUGGGCUGGUACCUGCAAUGGAGCACUAUGGAUGUAUGGUUGAUCUGUUGGGCAGAGCAGGACUUUUGAGGGAAGCGAUGGACUUUGUAAAGAGUAUGCCUUUCGAGCCUGAUGAUUCUGUUUUGGGGGCUCUGUUGGGUGCCUGUAAAAUUCACGGAGCUAUCGAUCUUGGAAAUGAUGUAGGGAGAAGAUUGCUUGAGAUGCAGCCACGGCACUGUGGACGAUAUGUUAUGUUAUCGAAUAUACACGCGGAGUUGAACAAAUGGACUUCUGCCGCUGAACUGAGGAAAGCAAUGGAAAGGCUCAAAAUUCGGAAAGUUCCAGCCUUUAGUCUGAUUGACUCCCACUAGGAUGUAGUGUCACUUCUACAUACUGGUUUUACUGUUUUAUCCAUUAAGAGAUCCACAGAGUUCAACUCCUUUAAACUUUUGGAUUGGGAAAGGCGAACAGAGUGUAGAUCAAUCUGACUUGUCUGAUUUUGGAAUUGUAUGAUCGACCUAUUCAGACAACAAGAAACAGCCUGUGGUAACUGCUAAGGACAUUCUGCAGCAUAUAAUGUUCUCUCGGUGUUUGAUCGAUCAGAACUUUUUAUGGAGGUGUGAAUCAUUGAAAUUUGAUUUCUCCAUCUUGGGCGAGAGCUUAUAAAAGGAACUUCGUAAAUUGCAGAAGCUUUUUCUUUAAAGCAUGAAAGCCUGUAGGAUACAGUUUGAAGCACUUCCUCCAACCGUGGGGAUCAUAGCUUUAUGAAGUUUCCAUACUGAAAAACUUUCUAAGCUGCUGGCUGUGGCACUGUUCAUUCGCAGAGGCGGAAUAGGGUGACAAGUCCUCCACUUUCAUAGCAUCAAGGUCAGAAAAGCGACUCAGAAUAAUUGAUCUUAAUCCGCAAUCAACUAUAUCUGUACAGUUUCGGAUUCUUCAGCAGAUCCUCUGUUUUUGGUGUCUGGGAAGCUAAAACAGGGAAACACAUCACUAUCAAAUGGGUUUUGGAAGGUGCAUGUGAAGACAUGAAGAUGUACAAUUGCGCCACGACUCAACUUUAUUACAACAUGGAGUAUAUCAUCUAGCUUUCAUAUAACCAGCUUGCAAAGCGACAAGGUUUAACUGAGAUGGAUCAAAAGGAUAAUGGAGAGCCUUUCUCACCUCUGCUGCCCACUAAAGAAGUUGUUUCUUCAAUUUGCACAAUGUCCCUCCCCUGCAGCACCUUGUCAAUCUGUGAAAUACGAGAAUCACCAAGUUUUGUUUAUAAAAGGCAAAUGCAAAGUCAUUACUUCUGCUAGAGUAAUCAAAUGGUUGGCAUAUAGCCAACAACUUUAGAGCUAAAUUUUCAAAUUGGUUCAGCCUAAAAGGUAGUUAGCAUUUUCGUAGACACUUUAAUUGACAAACCAAACAGCUUAGCGGGGCCAACUAAUCCAUUCAUUGGCCUAUGAAGUCUGUGGCAAGCAAAAUCCAGUUUUCCGACAUGGGUUCUGCUCCUGCACCUUUUAAACCGGAUUAGGUACCAAGCUGAUAUGGUGACUAAUUGGGACAAACGGGUUUUAUUUUAUUGUUAUUUGAAUAGUAGAGAUAGGUCAUUAGUCCUGUAUGAAAGAAGCUUCUUACAGAAUCUUGGGUUAACAUUCUCUUGGUUAAUGACUUGUUUUGACUUAACCAUGCUAUGGAGUUGGUGCACAUAUUAGUGUGAUCAAAUAGCAUGGCAGACGACUACUAAUGGUCAGCUUUUCAGUUCCAAGUGCCUGGAAUCAGUUGAGGAGUAAAGGAAGGAAAGUGCCCUGGUGUAAUUGACUGGGUUUACACCUGUUAUCCAAGCUUUAUUGGAUCACUUGGCUUGGAAUGCUUUACAGGCUUACCAAAGAAAAUAUUAUGACUUCUCAUCUUUCUAGUAGUCUCUCGUUGCCUGAUAUAGGGAUUUACAGUAGAGAUCACUCAUGCUUUGAGUGCCCUUUUGCCGUGGAAGUCUGAAAGAAACUGCCCCUAGCGUGCAUGAUUGCAGGAGGUUAGAACUUUUAAGUUUACUGGGCUGUUCAGUACUGUAAAGGUGAGACAAUCUUCAAUAAGUUGGUGUGGAAUGCAUUUGUGAGUAAAGGUUGCAGAGUUAGGAUUUUAAGUUUCAUGAUGUAACUUAGAGUAGAUCCUCGUGUACGGGGAGUCAAAUGUGAUGUUGCUUUUCGAGUAAGAAGUUUUGGUGAGUUGACUAGACGGAUUACUUUACUAGUGACUCACUGUAUCGAUACUUGGUUCUGCUGUGUAUUAGCACAAGCAUCACAGAAAAAGUAGAUAAACAUCUUAUUUCUUGAAAAUGGUAGGUUAUGCAAAACUGACCAAACAUGAGGGAUUAAAUCA